AUGGGACUCGUCUCCGGGCGCCGAAGGGCAACCUCUAAUGCUAGCAGCCGAGGAUCCUCUGUCGACGGAUCAGACCCUAUCGAAGAUGAUACCCUCGUAGUCGAGCCCGAUCAGGGCAACGUCCUUUCCCACAUCAUAUCCCAGUUGAGACCUGGUGCCGAUCUGAGUAGAGUCGUUCUGCCUACCUUCAUCUUGGAGCCCCGUUCCAUGCUGGAAAGGAUCACAAACUUUAUGUGCCAUCCCGAAAUGCUGCUGCCGAUUCCUCAGAUUGAAGAUCCGGUCGAAAGAUUUUUAGGCGUUGUCAAAUUCUACCUGAGCGGCUGGCACAUUCGCCCUCCUGGUGUCAAGAAGCCUUUGAAUCCCAUUCUGGGCGAGAUUUUCUCGUGCUACUGGGACUUCCCCGACAACACCAGAGCGUACUACAUUUCUGAGCAAACCUCUCACCAUCCUCCAAAGUCGAGCUACUUUUAUAUGGUACCUGGUCACCACAUUCGGGUGGAUGGGACGCUAAAACCCAGGAGCAAAUUCCUGGGUAACUCCGCCGCUAGCAUGAUGGAAGGCAUUGCCAUCUUGACCCUCCAAAAUCGCGGCAAGGAUCCUACCAAGGGAGAAAGAUACAUCCUCACCCAGCCGAACAUGUACGCAAGAGGUAUUCUCUUUGGUAAAAUGAAAUAUGAGCUGGGAGAUCACAGUUAUGUGAGAUGUCCAGAGACCGGCCUUGUUGCCGACAUUGAGUUCAAGACCAAGGGCUGGGUCAGCGGCACGUAUAAUGCCAUUGGUGGAACGGUGAAAAAUGAGGAAACGGGCGAGGUGCUCUAUGAGCUUUCAGGACUGUGGAGCGAAGAGAUGUUUCUCAGAAACGUCAAGAUGUUCUUCAACGCCACGAAGUCAAAGCAUAGUCCCCCUCUGAGCCGACCGCUUGAGGAACAAGAAGAACGAGAAUCUCAAAGGCUGUGGGCUAAGACUGCCCAAGCAGUCAAAGAACGUAACCAUGAGCUGGCAACCGACGAAAAGACGAAAAUCGAGGAGACCCAGCGCGAAGAGGCUGCUUUGAGAGCAAAUGAGGGUGUCGAAUGGCACCCCAGACUGUUUAGGAGAGUUAGAGGCGGUCCUGGCGGAUCCGAGGAAGGCGAGGAAGAUCUCGAGUGGAUUAUCAAUGCUCAAAUAGACGGAAAGACACCAGAGAAGCAGGCGGCCCAGAUCAUGGCCAUCUAUCCAAUCAUCCCAGGCCAAAAAUGUGAGAAAAGGAUCGUGAUACCACCAAGAGCAUCAUUUUCUGAGUCACGCCCUCAGACAGCCCACAGCAAUGACAGCAAUCUCAUCAAUCUCAACAAUGACGGACCAUCAGCCGAUGACAGCAGAGCACCGGCCCUGACCCCGACCCUACCAACCAAGAUUUCGGAAGAUUCUAUGUCCACGAAAGCAAGCAGUGUUUCAUUGGAACAAAUUCAAGGGGAGAAGCCUCCCUUGGACCCCAACCAUCGCAGUACAGCAGAGAUUCAGACAAUGUUGGCUGCAACAGGCGACAAGGCUAAGGCCGGGCCGCUAAUUGACUUCCACGACGACAUGAAGAAGGCCUUGCCUGCGAAUCCCAAGCGAGCCGACACAGAAGACUCACAAGAUGACGUCUUUGUUGACGCCCAGGGGUAA